UUGAAUAGCCGUGUUGGAGCGUGUGGGAUGCGGUCGGCGGUUGUUGAAUGGAGAUUUGAGUCGCGGUGCCGUGCAAUCUCAUUUGCUUCUUUUCAACUGUACCAAUAGAGAUCGUCGUGCUCAGGCCCCAUGACAUCGUUCGGCGAGGGGAAGUUUGAUUUCCGUACAAGAAAUUAGAAGUUCCAAUGUGGAAGCAGCUGGAAAUGGGGUUUCGGGCAUUCGUCUCGUUUGCAGCCAGGCUAUGGGGAAUUAUAUGCUACAUGUUCAGGAAACAAGCCAGAGCAAUCAUGCAGCACCAGGCUGUCCGAUAUGAAAUGUGCCCACUGUCACCACUGUCCAGACACAGAAUCAGUCUGGUGCAGCGCAAGACGCUGGUGCUGGACCUGGACGAGACGCUGAUCCACUCGCACCAUGACGGCGUGCUGCGCCAGACGGUGAAGCCCGGCACGCCGGCCGACUUCAUAUUCCGGGUCACCAUCGACCGGCACCCGGUGCGCUUCUUCGUCCACAAGCGGCCGCACGUCGAUUUCUUCCUUCAAGUGACGUCGCAGUGGUACGACCUGGUGGUGUUCACGGCCAGCAUGGAGAUAUACGGCGCGGCCGUGGUGGAGCGGCUGGACAACGGGCGCGGAAUCCUGCCGCGCCGCUACUACCGGCAGCACUGCACGCUCGAGUACGGCAGCUACACCAAGGACCUGUCGGCUAUCUCGCCCGACAUAUCGGGCGUCUUCAUACUGGACAACUCGCCCGGCGCCUACCGCGCCUAUCCAGACAACGCCAUCCCCAUCAAGUCGUGGUUCAGCGACCCGACGGACACGUGUCUGCUGAACCUGCUGCCGGUGCUGGACGCGCUGCGGUUCUGCGCCGACGUGCGCUCGGUGCUCUCCAGAAACAUGCAUCUAACCCGGACGUGGUAGUACUGCAUGCGGUCCAGGCAUCAUCCGUAGACAUCAAAACUGAUAUUCUCAUUGUUGCGGUGUGUCGGCGGCGCUGGCGGUCCACCACGCGGGGCGUUCGUUCCUCCGUCCCGAGGAGCCCACUGCGUAUCCACCGGCGCGGCCGCCGCCCUCCGCCGGAGGGGAGCCGCCGUCGCGACAGGCGGCGCCGCGCCGGACCGUUCGGACAGAGUGGGACGCGCUC